AUGUCAUCAAAGAAAAAGACGUUAUUAAAGGUUAUAAUCCUUGGUGAUUCCGGGGUUGGCAAAACAUCUUUGAUGCAGCAAUUUGUUAAUAACAAGUUUAGUCAACAAUAUAAAGCGACAAUUGGUGCUGAUUUUUUGACUAAAGAAAUCACAUUGGAUAAUAAUAAAACAGUGACCUUACAAAUCUGGGAUACAGCAGGACAAGAACGUUUUCAGAGCUUGGGUGUUGCAUUCUAUAGAGGUGCUGAUUGCUGUGUAUUAUGUUUUGAUGUGACGAAUGAGAAGUCGUUAAACAAUUUGACCAGCUGGAAGGAUGAGUUUCUCGUUCAACUGAAUGUAUCAAACCCACAGGACUUUCCAUUCAUCAUAAUAGGAAACAAGGUCGAUGUUGAUGAUUCGAAAAAGAUUCCAAGCUUGCAAAAGAAGCUACACAAUAUUACACACAAUCAGCUAGGCGGGUUGAACCACCCGGUGUUUGAAACAAGUGCAAAAGACGCAGUUAAUGUGGAAAGUGCGUUUGAAGUUAUUGCAAAGAUGGCCUUGCAGCAAGAGGAGCUUAACGCUGCCAGUGGUGGAGAUGUAAAUGACGACUACAAUGAUGCAAUCAACAUCCAUUUAGAAUCGGAAUCAAGUGCAUGCGGCUGUUGA